CGGGGCGUCAAUCGGGGGCUCAACCACCGCCGCUCGUAUUGGCGAGCCGGGCUAAACCAUUCGCCGGAAAUCUGUGGGGGGGAGUAAGGGCAUAGCGGGUGCCCCCUGCGUGCUUGCGGAGCGAGUGUCAGGCUUGUUGCUCUAGCUCCCGCCCUCGAGCUACCCUCUCCCCUCCUCUCCGGUCUCUCGUUGGUUUCGCCCCGAGCGGGCCUUAGCGACGGCGGGCGCGCUGGAGGAAGAUGGCGGCUCCGGCCUCUGCGCCGCUGCCGACUCCGUGACCGCGGCGCUCGCUCGUUUUCCCCAUCCCCUCCGCGCUCCCGCGCCCCGUCCCUCCCGGCUUCCCCGCGCCUCUUCUCCUUCCCCGCCGGGGGCGUAGGGACCAUGUCGGAUUCGGAGGAGGAGGAGAGUCCGGACCGCCAGCUCAAGCUAGCGUUGUUGGGGGACGGCACCUCUGGCAAGACAUCCUUAGCCACACGUUUUGCCCAAGAAACUUUUGGAAAACAGUACAAACAAACUGUAGGACUGGACUUCUUCUUGAAAAGGAUAACGUUGCCAGGAAAUUUGAAUGUUACUCUUCAAGUGUGGGAUAUAGGGGGGCAAACAAUAGGAGGCAAGAUGCUGGAUAAAUAUAUCUAUGGAGCUCAGGGUAUUCUCUUGGUUUAUGAUAUUACAAACUGCCAGAGCUUUGAAAAUUUAGAAGACUGGUAUAAUGCAGUAAAAAAAGCGAAUGAAGAUUCGGAAACACAGCCACUUGUGGCCUUGGUUGGAAAUAAAAUUGAUUUGGAGCAUAUGCGCACAGUGAAAGUUGACAAACACCAACGAUUUUGUCAGGAAAACAAUUUCAGUAGCCAUUUUGUGUCAGCCAAGACAGGCGAUUCUGUCUUCCUGUGUUUUCAGAGAAUUGCUGCUGACAUCCUUGGCAUCAAAUUAAACAAAGCAGAAAUGGAACAAUCACAGGUACCCAUUCUCAACAGCAGCAGACCUGAAGAAUCGUGCGUUUGGCUGGCUAUAUUACAACUCCCUGGCUUCUGUAAUUAUUUUCCUUCACUGUUCCAGUCCCCAAUAAUUUCCUCCUAAAGCAGUUUCAGAGUUUUUGCCCUUGUGUUUCUUGUUUUGUUCUUUGCGUUAUGAGUGUUAUCUUGGGAGAUUUUCUGGUAUUUCCUCUGCUGUAAAUAAGGGCUGAGAGAGGAGAAUAUUUCCCAGCAGUAGGAGGGAAGGUCAUCUAGAAGGUCCUUCUCCAUUCUCUAAUAUUGAUUUGUGAUGAGUUAGAGAUGUGAAUAUAAUGUGAUUUUGCUGUGAACACAUGGCAAGACCCAGUUGUGUGUUCUGCUUCAAACUGUAACAGAGUUUUGUUCCUUUUCUUUUCUAAAGAAGAUUUCAUGCUGUUCAGUAAUUGCUCUCAUUAGAGCUAUUUUGCAUGUGACGAUGUUUUAUACCAUGUUGAGUUAGUGGUGAAAUUAGUGAAUUAAUGGUUUUCAGUAUUUUUUUUAAUUUAAACUGUAACUUUAUUAAAUUAAUUAAAAUGUGAGUACUUGCUUACCUGUAUCUACCAGAGCUGGAAAGCACUUAGUUUAUUUUAGUGAAUGUUAGGAGAACAGAAAUGUGUUAAUUGUUCAAAUAAGCAACCAAGCAAGAGGUUUUCUGAUUAAAACCUCUUUUCCCAUACUACCUCCUUCCCUGUUCCUGCUUUUAAAAAUAAUUUUCCUGCCAGGAAGACUGUGUGCUUAGGUUUAAACCAAAAGCAUUUUACAAACCCAGUUUCAGAAACCUCUGAAAACAAAGAUUACACUACUGAGGCAAACCUUACUGUAUCGUGACAUUUAAGACUACAAUACAGUUAUUUUAAAUUUACUUGUUAAACCAAAAGGUGGCUAUGCUGUUGGCUUAGUAUCCUGGAAUUGCUAGUUGCUACUAAUAUUAAACAAGUCCCCCAAAAUAAGUCAACAAGUUUAUUACAAAAAGCAAAACAUUUCUUAUGUACAGCUUGGUCUCCUGCUUCUUGAAACACACAAUAAAUAUAUAAUUUCUGAAAGUGUUUCACCACGGUAAUGUUUACAGUCCGUGUUGAAGUGGUCAAAUAGAAAACUGUACUGCAAACAGUAAAAUGGUGAAAUAUACUUAGAGUGCAUACCUAACAAGCAAAGCAAGAGAGCUUUGAAAAACUUUAAAUUGUAGGCAGAGAAAUACUGUGUGUGUCUUUUCAGUGCUCAUUCACUGCUAAGGUGCCCUCCAUCUAUUGUUCUGAGCUGCAUAAUGACUUAUGUAUAAAUAAUUCGUCACAUAAAGAGUUCUUUAAUUUUUCUUUGGUUGUUUAACUUGCAUUGGAACAUCAGUCUUAUGUUAGGUCAGUCUGUGUUGUGUGAGAGGAAAAAAAUCUUUCUUCUGAUAAUUUGGGUGAAGGUUUUGGAUAGAUACACAAAUAAAUUAAAAAGAGGAUAUGAGAAAUGGGACAGCAUUUAUAUGGAACAUUUGUAGUUUUCUAAAGAAAGCUUCUUCUUUAAAUAAGAACCUGUAUAUAACACUGAAUCAAGAGCCCAUAACUUUGUGUCAGAUCUGUAUCAGCUUUAAGCAGACUUCUUUCUACCUUAGUAUUAUAAUUUCAAUUCAUAGUUUUGUUGACCAGCUCAUUGGAACAUGCAAUACAUGGAUUAGACAAAGCUAAUAUUAUGCAAAUUGUGGUGGCAAUAGCCUAUGGCUAGAUCAUUUGCAUAAAUUAAAUAGUGACUGUGGCCCGUGCACACUACUGUUGAUAUGAGUUCAAGCUGUAGUGGUUUUGAAACAAAACAGAACCCUAGGCCUGUUAGUGGAGUUGGAUAGAACAGAAACUUCAUUGUCUUGCCAUUCUGGUAGAGCAGAAGUCUCUACAUGGUGGGGUAUUGGGCAUGUAGCUGAAGAGUGAGAGCUGUCAAGCAACAACUGGUCUUUGCGAGGUUCUGCUAAUCAAGCAUAGUUUCAGUCUAUUCUGAACAAGCAAGAAUUUGUUAUUGGCAUAACAUUUGUUCCCUUUGAGUACUAUUUUGAGUGGGCAGUAGGAAUUUCCCAAAAUUAAAUCAGUGAGAAACCAAUGGGAAUUGUUUUGGAGCUUCAGUCAGUUAGCAGUAUCUGCAUGUCCAUUGUUGUAUGGAACUGAAUUCCCUAGCCCUUGCUUGAUAUAGUAAAGGGAAAGUCUCUGCAUAAGAUAGGAGAAGGAAAGCUUUAAUUUUCAUAUCGUCAGAGAGAUGAAUAGAAGGACGUUUCUUGAGAGGAAUCUGUAUUUAUUAGUCUGCAGUGGAAAAGCCUAAUUGAAGUUGUAUGUGGAUGCUAUAUUCCAAAAGUGUGGAACUGGUCUCUUGGCUGGGAGGGAGGUGUUAGAUGAUCUUUACUGUUAGGGAGUUAAAGUGGUACACUAGAGCAUAGAGAUGUGGAGUUGGUUUCUGGUUUACCACAGACUUUUUGUAUGUCUGGGACAGAUCACUUAGUGUGUCUUUUUCUUUCUUUUUUUCCUUUUUUUUUUUCUUCCAUCUGCAAAGUGGAUAUUAGGCUUCCUUACAUUGUAAAACAGUUAUGUGAAUGUGUUUGUUAAAAUUUCUAGGCAUUUAAUAUUCUAGCUAUUGGAGUAUAAAAGUAUCUAGAUAGAUAUUAUAAAGAAACAGAAAAAGGAGAGAAAAAAACAAAAGAAGUGAACAUGAUUCAUCCUUAAAUCAAUAAGCAUACAAGCGUUGACUUGGAUUGCAUGUUUCAACAAAGAGUAAAAUAUAUUUUAGUGUUACAAAUGUGCUCUACUUGCAUCCUGGAUUAUGUCUUUGAAUUUUGAAUAUUUUGUGUAAUAUGAGGAUAAAAUUAGGUUUCUUGAUUUUGAAAAAUGAGAAAGUUGUUGCUUGAAGACAUUUGUCAGAGAACAUCAAAUAUCUUCAAAUGUAACACAUUUAGUCUAGGUGAUAAAUAAUGAUAAAAAUGAAAUACUGAAUUUGUGUAAAUCAUGGAUGGGGAAAUGCUGUGAUUUCUUUAUUAUUCUUUUCACUUUAUUAUGUCUGUCUUCAUUAUUGCUGGUUGUCUAAUACUGUGAAUACUCUUUAAAAAUAUUUCCAUCACCUGUGA